AAACAACAACAAAAAGAAGAGAAAUCCCUGCACAUUAUUGCAGGAUAAGUGUGCGCGCCCGUGCGCGGACUGUCGGUGUCGGUUCUGUGCGUUAGUCGGAGAUGUAGCCGCCUGCAGGAGAAGGAUGGACGCGUAACGGCACGGAUCGAGCCAGCUGUGGCCUGCUUCCCACAGCAACAUCUGGCCGGGUCAGAGAGGGCGCCUCAGCUGCCAGCCGGCUCUGGACGAGCGGCGAGAUGGAGGACAUGGAGGCGGAAGGGCCCAUGGCGGUCAGAGAGGGGCAGAGCGGUCACGGCCUCCAGUCAGACGCCAGCAGCACCACCACCAACAACCUCCUGGCGUCCGUCAAAGAGCAGGAGCUCCAGUUUGAGCGUCUGACUCGAGAGCUGGAGGAGGAGCGGCAGAUCGUGGCCAGCCAGCUGGAGAGGUGCAUGCUGGGAGCCGAGUCACCAGCAGGAGACAGUAGCAGCUCGUCUGAGAAGUCGUUUGCAUGGAGAUCUGCAGAUACGUCUGCAGGCGGAGAGUCUCAGGGCGGAGUCAUGGAGACAUCUGGACAUCCUGGUCGUCACCUGGAGACAGAGGACGGACUCUACCUGCCUGAACCAGACCGCGCCUCCUUGCAUGACAGUUCAGGAGGUCACUCGGCCCAGAUGACCUCGUAUUCAGACAGCGGCUACCAGGACAGCAGUGUCAGUUACUACAGUAACCAGAACGUGGUGCGUUCGGAACUCCGCGCCUCGCUGUCUCUGUCCAGAAGCCCCCGAGCUGAAGGUCAAGCCUCCGCACAGGGGUCUGGUCGGGUGUUGCGGAGGAUGGCCUCCCUCCCCUCCAGGAGCCAGUCUCCAGGCUGCGGCACAGCUGGCACCGUCUCGCCGUCCCGUAUCUCCCUGAGAACAUCCCAGGGCAGCACCUAUGACUCGCCCAUCCUCUCUGAGCCCAAACCUCUGGCUGCUGUUUUCCCUGGCACCACCAUGCCGCCAUCAUGCCAGUCACCUUCCUCACCGGGCGACGGAUCUUGUCCCGGCACACAGGUCCUGGGCGGUGGCGACAGCGGUGGCGUCGAAAGCAGAGGUGGCGGACGGCUAGGCUCCACCCUCUCACUGAUCGAGGGGAGGGGACUGACCGGAUCCCCACUACGCUCGGGGAUGGCAGCGAUGCCGCAGCAUUAUGGCUCCACCCUGCCCCGGCAGAACCAGCCGCUGGCCUACGGAGCUGAUCCAUACGGGCUGUACCAGAGGAGCCCCCUGCCCCGCCCCGACAGCCUCAUAGGACUCCACAGCUCGUAUGGUGGACACGCUGCACCGCUGGACCCUGAGCUGAGGGGGGCGCUGUCCCCAGACUGCCACAUGACACCCGUUUUUGAUGAGUGCUCCUUCCAAAGCCCACUGUACCACAGCCCCACCCACGACCCCCAGGGCUCCAUCUACAGGACAGCCACAGGUAUGGGGACCCUCCCUCGGACCACAAGCCAUUGCGGCAUGCUGCCGUACCAAAAAAGCAGCAGCUACGGGCUGAGCUCCGCGGCUCUGUACAUGGACUCCUACCGGGUGUCCGGCGAGCCCGUUUACUCCCACCGCCACUCUGGGCUCAUGGAGCGGGCAGGAACACGCACGCCGUCCAUCGAGAGCAUCCACAAAGACCCCAGGGAGUUUGCCUGGCGUGACCCUGAGCUGCCGGAGGUCAUCCACAUGCUGCAGCAUCACUUCCCCUCCGUCCAGGCCAACGCUGCCGCCUACCUGCAGCACCUGUGUUACGGAGACAACAGGGUGAAGGUGGAGGUGUGCCACCUGGGUGGGAUCCAGCACCUGGUGGACCUUCUCGAUCACAAGAUGGCCGAGGUGCAGAAGAGCGCGUGUGGAGCUCUGAGGAACCUCGUGUACAGCAAAGCCACUGACAACAACAAGGUGGCGCUGAGGAACUGUGGUGGGGUGCCAGCUCUGCUGCGCCUCCUCAGGAAGACCACCGAUAAUGAAGUCCGUGAACUCGUCACCGGCGUGCUGUGGAACCUCUCCUCAUGUGACGCAGUGAAGAUGACCAUCAUCCGUGAUGCUCUGACCACACUGACCAACACGGUUGUCAUCCCCCACUCGGGCUGGAGCAGUGUCUCGCACCGCGAUGAGCACAAGAUCAAGUUUCAGUCCUCGUUGCUGCUGCGCAACACCACCGGCUGUCUGAGGAACCUGAGCUCGGCGGGGGAGGAUGCGAGGAGUCAGCUGCGAUGCUGUGAGGGUCUGGUGGACUCGCUGCUCCACGUCCUCAAAGCCUGCGUCAACACGUCCGACUAUGACAGCAAGAUCGUGGAGAACAGCGUCUGCACCCUGAGGAACCUCUCGUACCGCCUAGAGGUGGAGAUGCCAUCUUCUCGUCUCCUCGGCAACCAGGAGCUGGACAACUUGCUGGGUUUCUCCUCUCCAGCCAAGGAGCUGGACUACCUCUGCUGGGGCAAGAGGAGGCGCGAUAGAAAGAGGAGCAGCUGGCCAGAAGGGAAGUGGGACGGCAUUGGACCAAUCCCCGGUUUCUCUCAGUCUCUGAGGGGGGCGGAGCUGCUGUGGCAUCCAAUGGUGGUGAAGCCUUACCUCAACCUGCUUGCGGAGAGUUCCAACCCCGCUACACUGGAGGGCGCUGCCGGGUCAUUACAAAACCUCUCCGCUGGCAAUUGGAAGUUCUCUGCGUACAUCCGAGCCGCGGUGCGGAAAGAGAAAGGUCUGCCCAUCCUGGUGGAGCUGCUGAGGAUGGACAACGACCGAGUGGUGUGCUCCGUCUCCACCGCUCUCCGUAAUAUGGCGCUGGACAGCCGGAACAAGGAGCUGAUAGGAAAAUACGCCAUGCGGGAUCUAGUGAACCGGCUUCCCGGCGGCAGUCCAUCAGUGCUGUCGGAUGACACUGUGGCAUCGGUCUGCUGUACACUGCACGAGGUCACCAGCCGCAAUAUGGAGAACGCCAAAGCUUUAGCUGACAGCGGCGGCGUCGAGAAGCUGGUGGACAUAAGCAAAGGACGCGGGAAAGGGUAUUCGAUGAAGGUGGUGAAGGCCGCGGCUCAGGUGUUGAACACGCUGUGGCAGUACAGAGAGCUGAGGAGCCUCUACAAACAGGACGGAUGGAACUACACCCAUUUCAUCACGCCCGUCUCCACACUGGAGCGAGACCGCUACCGAUCCCAGCCAACGUUGCCCACCAGCCCGCUGCAGAUGUCCCCUGUCAUCCAAUCAGGUGGCAGUGCCACGUCGUCUCCAGCGAUGCUCGGGAUAAGAAGACACAGCUCCAACUACCAGAGGGCGCAGUCAUCUAUGCAACUCGAGACGUAUUACGGAGACAACAGUUUACACAAACGGCAACACACAGGGUCUCAGAAGAAAACUCCUUAUUUUAUUGGUACAUAUUCCUCACAGUCAGGAGAUGAUUUGAGAAGAGCCCAGCAUCCAGAGCCAUUCUACGGCGAACCCGACAGGAAAAACUACAACAGCUACCGAAUGUACCUGUCGUCCCCUCAAGGAUAUGGCGAGGAGCACUACGAGGACGAGCCGGUCAACCUGACCCCGCCCUCCCCGGAUGCCUACACCACCCAUUCACUACGAUUCAAAGCCAACACCAAUUACGUGGAUUUCUACUCCACCACCAGGAGGCCUUCAAACAGGGCGAACAAGUUCACCGGUUCCCCCGACUCCUGGGUGUAGAAAACAGUCCGUGUGUGUGUUUGCCCGCCCGCCCGCCUUUUCUGUGGCUCUUCAUGUGUCGUGUGAACGGCUGAGUGUGCAUGUGAAUGUCUGUGUUAAAAACAUCUGGCCCGGGCUCAGUUCACAAGACAACUU